UUCUGAUGUUGUCGGGGUAUUUUCAGAGUAUUCACAGAGAGAUUACCAUGAGCUAAUCAUGUGCCUAUACUAAAGAACACCAAUACUCUGUUGGGUGGAUGGCGGGAUUCACUGGAGGAAAUCCAACUGAUUACUUAAAAACAGUCCCACCCAUUUUAAAGCACACAUAAAAUAGCCUGUUAACAAUAGCCUAUAUAGACAUUUGGGCAGGAGCAGUGAAUCCAUCUCUGACAGACGCUUUCCAUAUUUUUUUCUUAAGAAGGAUAUCACUUGCUUGACUUGUGGAAUUGUAACAAGUUGAAUCUGAGCUAAAAGCCUGUGUCUGUAGGUCUCAACUGGGAAAAAUAUGGGAAACGAGCAAUCCAAGGACAAAGUGCUAACCAUGAAGGGGAACAGUCCUGAGAAGCAUGAAAAUGGAACAGUGAAUGGCCUCUCUGCUAACAUCACAUCUAACGGAUUGGAGAUUGAUGUUAAUGGUGAGACCACAGUCCAGCAAAAUGGCGGGCCCCUCUCUUUAAACCUUGCCAUAGAAUCAACUGAGCCUAAUUGUGUGACAGUCGAAUCCGACUGUAACCAUGCUGAUGAUCCAAUUAUUUCUGAAAUCCCCGAAACCACUGUCCAGGAGGUGGUGGAAGAGGUCAAGAAAAGUAAAGAAGGAAAAGUUAAGGUUUUUGGCAAAAUGUUCAAAAAGAAGACAGAACCUCCAGCUGAUGUCAAGAGUGUUAACAAAACAGAGACCUCAAAUGAAGAUCAAACAGAUGUAAGUCUUCCUGCCACUGAUCCACAGCCGGAGUCGAGCUCAAGUGGAGACGAAGCUGCCAUGAUCAUCGCUGAGCACAGAGAGGACUUUAAAUAUCUACAUCAAAAAGCAACGCAAACGGACAGAAAAUCAGAAGCAGAUAUUUCAACGCAAACUGGUGAUGAUGAUGAUGAUGAUGAUACAACCACUAAUACUGAGGGCCCAGUGAAAGAGGUAGUCGCGAUGAAGACAGCAGCAACUGAAGAAGAUUCACUGAAUGAAUCUGCCUCUGUCAUUGCUGAGGAGGUUGUUGAAGAGACUGCAAAUGAGGAACCCUUAGACAACCAGAUGGCUGGGAUCAUUAUUGAAGAAAUGAUCAUCAUGAAGAACAACGUGUAUGAGAAUAUGGUGUUCAGAGCGGAGCUGGUGGAAGUUACUGAAAUCGACCACAUCAAAAACUACGAUCCUGAGGGAGCGGACGUGAAUGGGCAUGAGAAAACUGAGCCAGAAAUUGCUGCAGAACCAGAAUCUAACCCAAACAAAUCUAUUAUAGAAGAUGAAAUAGUUGCAGAGGAAAAUAAUAUUGAGGAAACUGUGCCAUUGGAGGUUUCUUCCAGCCUUCCUAAAGAGGUGGUAGAUUGUGUUGAGGCGGUUUUCGCUGCUGUUUCUGAUACCACUGACUUUGCUAAUGUAAACACGUCAGAGCCAAGUGUUGAUGAAGUAAUUACUGAAGACAAUGGUGAAGGAGCUGGAGACAUGUCAGCUCAGGUAGUGCUGAUUGAAACCACUGAACCUGAGUCUAAUGCUGUCAAUCCUGAGGCCGGGGAAGCAAUUGGCGUUCCUUCCCUAGACAAAGCGCCAGUAACUAUGAUGACGGAAACGAUCUCGGAGGCUGUUCCCGAGGAGCCAAAUCCUACACCUGCAAACCAAGACAUGCCUGUAGAAGAACUUUCUGUCCCUCUUGUGACAGAAAUUCUACUUAAGGUGGAAUCUGCCCAUGAAGAGGUCACUGCUGAUGAUGCUGCUGCAGCUGAAGAUGUCCCAGCAAUGAGUAAAGAAUUUAUCAUUGUGGAGGCUCGUUCCAAUAAGCUUAUCACCAUUGAGGAACUUCCUGAAGAUUCUUUGAUUUCUCCUGAUGAAGUAAAGCCUGAGUCUAUUCCUGAGGUUAUUACUACAGAUGAGAAUGCUGAGAUUGGUGAAGAUGUGAUAGCCGAUGUGGGACCAGAAACAGUUGAAGAAGCAGAACCAAGUCCUGUCAUUGUCAAAGAUGAUACUGAGGUGAUACCAGAGGCAGCAAUUGAUGCCCUCUCUCAAGAAUUUGAACUUUGUGCCAUCACUCCUCAGGAGCCUGCAGUGGAUAAUGGCAUCCCCCUGGAAGAGGAGGUCAUUGUUGCAACAACUUAUGUGCCCCUUUCUGGAGAACAAGAAGCAAGUCUUAUCAUUCCAGCGGAUCAAAUUGAGACAGUUGCCGAGGAGAUGACUGAAGAAGCUAUAGAGGCUUUAUCAAAUGAAUUCGAAGCAGUGCCAGAAAGUGUUGAGGAAGAUACCACUGUCCAAGAAUCAUCUAUUGGGGGAGAAGUCAACAGGGUUGCCAGUUCUGAAGAGCCCGUGGAAGAAAAAACAGAAGCAUCUGAAGAUGUUUUGGCACAAGCUGAAAGCGCUGAAACACCCAAACAAAAUCCUGUAAUCUCAGAGGAACGUGUAGAAAAGAAUCCAAGCCCUUUUGGAGAAGAUGCAACCACUGCGACGUUGGAAAAGAUACUAGAAUCAGUUGUUGAAGCUAUUUCUGAGAAGCUUGAAGUAACUGAAAACAUAGUUGAGGAACCUGCAGAUGAGCAAGCAGAUGUGCCACCGAUGGAUGCCACAGAAGAGUCUGAGCCUUGCGUUUCAGUCCAAGAGAAACUUGUAGAGGAGAACAUCGCCCCAGCUGAAGUGCUAUUGGAAGAUGCUAAUAAAGAGACAGCUGCUCCAGCUGUGGAAGACCAAACUGACUCCAAUCCUGAAAUUUCUGAGGAGCCUGUGGAGGAGAGUGCGAGCCUUCUUGAGCGACAACCAAAAACAAAAGUGCUAAUGGAGACAAAUGAAGAUGAAGCCACAGAAGAGAUGAUACAUGAAACAGAUCAUUCUGUUUAUGCUUUAGCUGCCAUUGAGGAAAACUUUCUAAUUACCACUUCAGAUGAGCCCGUGGCAGAGUGUGUUGAGGUCGUUCUUGAGACCAUUGUAGAAGAAAUCAUUGAAGAUGCUGCAGCUGAAUGUGACCUUGUGACUUCAGAGGAGGUAGCACCAGAGAUCAUAGCAGAGGGAGAAACUGAAGGCAGAGAAUGAAUCAAGUGUGAACUCAACAGAUUCAACACUGGAUUCACAAAGUGCAGAAAUGAUUGAAGAUACCCGUGUCACAAGUACAGACAUGGAAGCUUUACUUGUUAGGUUGCAGUCAUCUUGUACAUCAGUUGUUGCAGAAUCAGCAUAAAUGCUUGGUAGUUUAAAGGUGUCUUCACUGGGAUACAGUAUUACUGUUACCAUUCAUGUGGCUCCAAAGGAAGAACAGCAGUAAAAUGUUGAAGGAAUUGUCUGGAAAUUGUUAUUGUUUUAAUAAAAUAUUGGUCUACCUCUUUAGGAUAUCAUGUGUUUAAUAGUAUGUGAUAGUAAUUGCAACUGGAUUGUAAAAUUAUUUUUAUAAUAAUGGAAAGUGCCUCUGUUUGUGUGUGUAAUAUAUAUAUAUAUAUAUAUAUAUAUAUAUAUAUGCUGUGUGUGUGCACUGACGUAAAGGCGAGCUGCUGUAACAAAGAGUUUCCCUUCGGGGAUCAAUAAAGUAUUUCUGAUUCUGACAUCUCAUCAACACAAACCUCACAUUGUAAAGUUCUGAAACAUUUUCCAAUAAAAUCAAAAAUGAAAACACUGAA